UCACACAGGAAGUAAUGACCUAGCCUCUUCCGGCCGCCGGUCCAGGCCAGAGUCGGAUUAUGGCGGGGAAGAGGUCGGGUAGAGACAAGAAGCGGAAGCGGAGCCAUGGCGAAGAGAGUCAUAGCGAGAGGAAACGCCUCAACUCGGACUCCAGUGCCGUCGAGGCAGGAAGAGUUGCUUCAGAAAAGGAAACAACCAAUGAACCCAGUGACUUGGAAGAUGGAGGCCUUGACCUUGGUAUUUGCUUGAAACCAAUCAGUUCUUAUAUCUCUGACAGAAAAGAAAUGCUUGAGCAGUGUUUCAGAGUUAUAGGAGAAAAGAAACUCCAGAAGAUGCUCCCAGAUAUUUUGAAGCAGAGCUGCUCUGUAGAAGAAAUUAAGUCACUAUGCUUGGAGCAACUGAUGCUUUUAUCCAAUAAGAAGCUGCUCCAAAUUAUAGAAGGUGAUGACCUAGGAUCAUCGGAUACUGAGGAGGAGGCUGUUGAGAAUGAUAGGUCCAAGAAGAAGUUAGAAGCAGAGAGCCAACAAGACAAUAAUGUAGAUUCCACAUCUUCCUAUAAAGAAUACAAUGAACAAGAAGCACCUGGAUUGACACAUGCAGGUGGACCAUCUGGAGAUGAAAGUGAUGCCCUUAGUAUAAAUGCUGAGGCAUAUGAUAGUGACAUCGAUCAAAACUGCAAUGAACAAGAAGACAGUACAGAUGUGGUACUCCCAAGAUGUGCACCAACACAUGUUGGUGUUGAAGACGAGAUUCAGAAGGACAUUGAAAAGAGUGUAAAUGAGAUUCUAGGUUUAUCAGGCUCCACCACAGGGAGAGAUCAAUCAGCUGCUACCCCCAGUGCUGAUGGGGAUGGUCUUCAACCUUCAGCACAGCAAUUGGAGCUGCUUGAGCUGGAAAUGCGAGCCAGGGCAAUCAAAGCUCUAAUGAGAGCUGGGGACAUCAAAACUCAAACUUAACCCCUGUGACAAACUUGUGAAACUUGAGAAGGUCCAACCUGUCGUAGGCUAACACUACAGCCCAGAUGGAAGAUCAGAAAAUUUCGCUGUAUUCCUACACUUGUCUUUGAUCUUUCUUCUCGCAAUGUCUUAAUGUAUUUUUGUGCUGGAAAUAAUUUUUGACAUUGUUUCUGAAAUUUUCUGUUCAGCGCUCUGCCUCUGAUACUAGCCAUUGAAAAAACCUCUUAAAAGCAUUGUGCUAUGAAAGCAGGUAAGAUAUUUGAGCAUGUAAUUAGUACUGAUGAAAGUAGUACAUAGUAUUUGUACUCUGGAUGGUCUGGCAGGGAAAUGGUAAGUGACCUCCUCAUUCAAUCCAAUGUUUAUAUAGGAGUACCAGUUUAGAUGUGGCUUGUUUGUUAACAUUCUGCUUGCAGCACGUGCUCAUUUUGACCUCUGCGGGUUCACCAAUUCUCAAGGGAGUCUGUACUUUGAAGUGGAAUUGAGGAGACAUGUUCAGUGGUAGAGAGAACUUCAUCUCAAUGUAGUUUUUACUUUAUAUCUCGGCACUAUUAUAAAAUUUGAUUACUUCAAAUGAUACUUGUUUGUACAGAUCUGAGCCAUGGUUAUAGGAAUCGUUGUCAUACGCAAGUCUUUUUCUACCCCAGAAGGUAAUUUCAAAUUGGGCUGUCACCAAAGUGUAAAAAAAAUUUAAAUUAAAUAUAAUUCAAAGGGCUUGUCACUGAAGAAAUCAAACAUGUCCCUUGAACAAUGAGUUGUCCAGAAUGCAGAAUAUUUAGUUUAUUAUAUAUGUAAAGAAUUUUUUUGUCUGACAGGCAUUUUUUUUUAUUACUGUCAGUUUAGUUGACAUUUUCAAGUUUUUUAAUAAGUUCAAGAUUAUGUUUUAAUUACCUGCUGAAAUUAACUUUGUGAAGUUGUUGCAUGUAGACUUUGUCAUUCAGCGUUUAAAAUGGAUGUACUUUAGCAUUUAACAUUUAUUGAGUGAUUUGAAAAGAGCAUCCAUUUUAAUUAGAAGAAAAGAAAAUUACUAUAGAUAUUUUUGUUGAGAACUUUUCAAAACGAUUCUUGCAGUUCUAAUGAGGUCAUUAAAUUUGUUAAACAAAAUGCAUGUUACUUGUAUGCAAUAGCACAAGAUUGCAUUAUUUUUUAUUCUAUUUUGUUAGUUGAUUGUAUUAGUUAUUCUGUAAAAUUUAAAUGUUUUCUUAAUUAUUCGUUGAAAAAAAAUUAAUUGUUUUCAAUUUUUGGGUGAACAGUUUUCUAAUUUGCAGGCAGCUUCUGCUGAAAUGUGUUCUUUGAGGAAAGUGAAUCAGAAUCUUCUCCUGAGAGUAACCAUAAGUAUAGGUAUAUUGAACAGAAGGAUUAUUCCAUAUACAAGUAAAGACUUGAGAGUACUCCUGGAAAGCAAAAUGGCAUUUUCCACUGUAAAAUUGAGAUCAAUGGUAUUAUCUUUGGUAUCAGCACACUUGUCUGGAUUUAGAUGCAAUUAAACUCCAAUGUGAUAUGGAAAUGUUUUCAUUAGUUUAUGUUUCUUGAAUGUUUGGUUGGGCUUUGUUGAACCACAUUUUAUUUAAUGAAUUGACAAUUUAUAUUGUAAGUAGAUGUUGACUGAAGUACUGCCUUUAACAUAUCCUUUUAGAAAGAUUGACAAUGAAGCUAAGCUCUUGUAUUCUGCAAGGUCUUGGUGAAGUGAGGCCUUUAAGAGCUACUUGAAAGGAAAAGAUAAAAAGCUUGGAAACAAAAGAAUCACUUGAAUUGGAUGCUGGAGGUUGCAAUUCAAAAUCGGUUGAAUAAUUUCAACUCAUGUUAGAACAGUCUUGUAUUCUUCCUAUACCGAUUUUAAAUUCUGCCUUCAUUCAUGUAUGUCGUUUGCUUCUAGUUAUGUUCUAUCCAUUGUUGGAUUUUUGAGAUGACUUGCUCAUGAACACUUGGAAACCUACAGCCACCUGUGAAAUAAGACAGGUAUAAAAAUGUUCUUAACUUUAGAAGGUCAAGUUGAAUUAUUGCCGUCCACAUCCUGUUUUUUCCAGCCAAAAUAAUAUUUUUGAUCUGUGAGCAGCUGGCUUGUGUUCUGUCUUAAAAUUUAACAUUUCAGCCAUGGAUCAUUUUACUUGGUUUUAUUUUUAUGGAGAAUUUAUGUAAUGUGUGUAUGUACCUAUCGUGUGGUCUGCGCAUCAGUGACAAGCCCAGCUAAUUUCAGUUUGCAAGAUGAUGGUAAAACGUUUUCUUGAAUCACUCAGUCCUUCUGUUAGAAGAGCUCAUUUGCACAGUGCUUUUAGCUUUACACUGCAGAAUUUUUAGACACAGUGAUGAAGGAUCAGAAGCAGAUUCCCAAGUUAGAAUGAUGUGUGACUUGGAGUGGAACCUGUAGAUGGUAGUGUUUGGAUGUGUCAGUUGUCCUUGCACUUCUCUGUGGUGGAGACUGUGAGGGGCGCUACCAAAGUGAGUAACUGCAGUGUACUGAUAAUGGAGGAGAUGACUACUUAGGAUGACGGAUUUGCAAAAUUAAAGAUUAGCUUUAAUUUUGGCACAUGGCCUAGUGGAUAAGGGAUUGGUCUAGUGAUCUGAAGGUCACUGGUUCGAGCCUCAGCUGAGGCAGCGUGUUGUGUCCUUGAGCAAGGCACUUAACGACACAUUGCUCUGCGACAACACCAAGCUGCUUGGGUUCUAGUGUCCUUCCCUUGGACAACAUCGGUGGCGUGGAGAGGGGAAGGCUUGCAGCUUAGGCAACUGCCGGUCUCCCAUACAACCCUGCCCAGGCCUGUGCCCUGGAAACCUUCUAUGGUGCAAAUCCAUGGUCUCACGAGACUAACGGAUGCCUAAUUAAUUAUCCAAACAUAAAGUGAAAUGUGUUAUUACAUCAAUAAUCUUCAUAGUCGGAAGAUCUGCUAGGCGCAGAUCUGUCCAGAAAGACCUAAACCCCUAGACCCAGAGCAUAGUUGCCUUUGAGAGCCAUGGCACAACUUUGGAUGAAAAUUGAAUUGAAUUACUUUAUUUCUUACAUCCUCCAUAUACAUGAGUAAAAAUAUUUACGUUAUGUUGCUGUCUAAAAGUGCAAUGUGCAAAUUAUAGUAAUUUAUAAUAAAUAGUAUGUACGACAGGACAGUCAAUAUAACAUAGAAAUACAACUGUAUCGGCAUGAAUUAAUCAGUCUGAUGGCCUGGUGGAAAAAGUUGUCCCGGAGCCUAUUGUUCCUGGCUUUUAUGCUGCGUUACCGUUUCCAGGAUGAUAGCAGCUGGAACAGUUUGUGGUUGAAGUGACUAUGGACCCCCAAUGAUCCUUCAUGCCCUUUUUAAUGGACCUGUCUCUGUGAAUGCCCUGAAUAGUGGGAAGUUCACAUCUACAGAUGUGCUGGGCUGUCCGCACCACUCUCUGCAGAGUCCUACGAUUGAGAGAAGUACAGUUCCCAUACCAGGCAGUAUGCGGCCAGUUAGGAGCUCUCAGUCAUCUCCCUGCGGAAAGUUCUUAGGAAUUGGGGGCCCAUACCAAACUUCUUCAGCAGUCUGAGGUGAAAGAGGUGCUGUGGUGCCUUUUUCAUCACGCAGCCGGUACGUACAGACCACAUGAGAUCCUCAGUGAUGUGUAUGCUGAGGAACUUACAGCUGUUCACCCUCUCAACCCCAGAUACACUGAAGUCUAUAGGGGUUAGCCCGUCUCCAUUCCUCCUGUAGUCCACAACCAGCUCCUUUGUUUUUGUGAUAUUGAAGGAGAGUUGGUUUUCUUGACACCACUGUGUCAGGUGAUGACUUCCUCUCUGUAGGCUGCCUCAUUAUUAUUUGAUAAACAGUGUAGUGUCAUCAGCAAAUUUAAUUAGCAGAUUGGAGCUGUGGGUGGCGACACAGUCAGGUAUAUAGAGAGUAAAGGAGGGGGCUAGUACACAGCCCUGAGGGGCAGAGGUAAGGGAGCCCACUCUUACCACCUGCCGGUGAUCUGACAGGAAGUCCAGGAUCGAGCUGCACAAGGCAGGGUCAAGGCCGAGGUUGCUGGGCUUCUUGUUGAGUCGGGAGGGAAUUAUGGUGUUGAAUGCUGAACUGUAGUCCAAGAAUAGCAUUCUCACAUAAGCAUCCUUCUUCUCUAGAUGUGUAAGGAUGGUGUGUAGAGCUGUGGCUAUUCCGUCAUCUGUUAAACAGUUGUGUCGGUAGGUGAAUUGUAGGGGGUCCAGUUUGGGUGGUAGCAUGCUGCAGAUGUAAUCCUUGACCAGUCUCUCAAAGCAUUUGCUUAUUAUUGAGGUGAGUGCAACAGGAUGCCAAUCAAUCGUUAAGAUAUGUUACCUUGGUCUUUUUAGGUACAGGAACCGUGGUGAAUGAUUUGAAGCAGGUGGGCACUCUACUCAGGGAGAGGGAGAGAUUAGAAAUGUUUGUAAACACAUCAGCCAGUUGAGUCCUGCAUUUCCUGAGUACCCGACCUGGGAUAUCUGUCCAGUAGCCUUGCGACUGUCCACUCAUUGGAAACACCUGAACAGUGAACGGUUGCUGAAGGCACUGAUCGAGCUUAUCACCAACCCAUGUUUACUUCUGAGCUGCUGUGAUACACAACUUUUGCCCAUUUAGGGUUUCUUCUGGAGAGAAGUGUCAGUCUCUGGCUUUGCAUAUUGCAAGAGUUUAGUCUAAUUUCUCCACCUUCACUGGUUUUGGCUGGUCUCAAAUAAAACUAACAGAGAAAAUGCCUACAAUUAAUAAUAUCUUCCUGUGAUUUGUUUGUAAUUCUCUCCAAUGUUGCCUUUAUCCAUUCUCUACUUGUUGAUGUCUGCAAAUUCAGAAAUAGUAGUUAAGUUCAGGUCUUUAAUGUGAAUUGUGGUCUUGCCACUGAUGCAUGCAGGAUCUCACUUCCCCCUCUCUAACUAAGUACCUUGAACCUCCUCUCUUCCGGUGUAGUCGGUGAACAAACCAUCUUGAACAUUGCAGGUGAUGUAUCAGAAUCAGAUUUAAUAUCACUGACAUAUGUCAUGAAAUGUGUUGCAUUACUACAGUGCAAUAUGUAAAAAUACUGUACAUUACAAUAAGAAAUAUAAAUAUUAAAUUAGUGCAAAAAUAAUGAGGUUGAUUCGUUGUCCAUUCAGGGAUCUGAUGGUGGAGGGGGAAAAGCUGUUUUUGCAGUGGAGUAAAGAAAGUAAAAGCAAAGAAAUGGCUACUUUUUCUUCUGAUCCUUUUGUAAAAGAAAGAUUUAAGAAUGUGACGGAAGAAGUAACACCUGCAUCUGUUUAAGCUGUUUCACAGUUCAUUAGGUUUCUAGCAAAUGUUAUGUGUCAGGUUAAGUUUCCUGCCGACUUCCUACAUGAGGCCCCAUGUGCCACCUAGGCACUAAGGGUUCAGGUGAAUUCCUACAUCCCUCAAUUCACUGCCUGGAGUCAGUCUGCAGUCUUGAACCAUCCAACCUCACAAAAGACCGACCUCACCUAUCCUACACUCUGUAAAGUUAAGUGUCAGGGACAGCGAGGCUUCAGUUGAAGCCAAGCUUCAGGCAUAAACUUGCGUCCCUAGCUUGUCUCCUAUCAAGAUUUGUCCAGACAAAAUUGGAGUUAAAAUAUCACGUCUAUUCUGAGAGACUGUUGUUUAGAUGUCCCCUGUAUAUGGAGACCUUUAUUGUGAUGUAAAUUAAAGGAACCAAUGCAUUAGUACUUUAUUUUAAAUAAUUAAACCACUUUCUCAAUGUUGACAUUUUACACAGAUAAAUGGGAUCUCUGCUCGGUGUGCUAGUGUUUCUCAUUGUUGGCCUCCAUAUAGAUCCCAGUCGUAAGAAAAAAAGACAGAAGCAGAAUUAGGCCACUCAGCCCAUCAAGACUGCUCCACCAUUUCAUCAUGGCUGAUUUAUUAUCCCUCUGAACCCUAUUGUUCUGCCUUCUCCCUGUACCCUUUGAUACUUUGACUAAUCAAGAAUUGCACAACUGUCAGGAAGAGUUUGAUAUUCUAGAGAUUUCUUGGUCGGUAUAGAUGUAUUUUCUGACAUUGAAAAUUAAUGCUAUUGAUUAUUCAUUCAUGUUAUCAAUAUAGCCUAGGCUGCAGCAUUACUCUACCAGAAAUAACCUGUAAGACUGUAAAUGAUCUGUUAUUUCUACUGUUUAUUACUUGUUAUCCAAUUACUUGCUCUUGUAU